AUGAAUGAGGGAUCAGGUACUGAUGAUUCAAGCUCUAAUGAAUACAGCGAUUCGGAUGACAUAAACUACGUGAGACCUGUUUAUCAAAGUCCAGAUAAUAGUAUUAAAAAGAAAAAAAGUACUAAGCGACCUAAUAAAAGCUUACUUAAUAAAGUUUAUUCUAAUUUAAAUUUAGAGGAAGAACCCAAAUUAAAAUUUAUCAAGUUCAAGCGUUUUGAACGGGACAUCAAGUCUCCAGCUAAAAUCAACUCUUUCAGAACUCAGCAACACUUUAAUGAAACCGUUAAAGAAUAUGGGGAAGAUAUAGCAGGGUACAAAUUUCUUGUAACUGGUCAAGAAUUUGAGAAGUUAGAAAUGAAAAACAAGUCAAAUCUCAAUAAAAAAUCUUCUGAAGGGUUUGCUAAGCUUGAGAAAGAGCAGAGAACAAUUAAUGAAUUGUUAAUGAAUGCACCCGCUAGGAAUAUAGAUAAUAUAGAAAUGCAAUUCCCCAUUGAUCUUCUUGAAAAAUAUUGGGAUGCCGAAGAUAACACUUUGACGAUUGUGCCUGUAUUUGGCAAAGGUUCAUUGUUAGAUAUUGAGGCAGAUGAUAUUAAUAGUGAAUCGAUCUCGGAGUUCUAUGAGAAAAGCUGUCACCAUUUCUCAAGGGAUCUGAGAAGUGUUUUGAAAGCAGAGCGCGUUAGAUGGCACCCAGAUCGAGUUUGCAAUGCAUUGAUUAGAUCUCAAUUGGCUGUGAGUAUUGAUGUAUAUCGAAAGAUCAAUAAAAUAUUUCAAAUUAUCAACGAGCUUUGGGGUAACGAACGUUAA